GUUUAUUCAACCUCCUGUAAGGGCCAAGAGAGGCUAUCCGGUCCUGGUCUUUUGGAAGGGCCUUGACAGGAGACAUCUAGAGCAGUGGGCAGCCCAGGCUGCAGAUAUCCUGGGAAUGUUGGAAACAUUCCCCCCACUGACCUCGGGAAAUCACGCGCAGACUGGUUGUUUUACACAAAAAGGAUGAAGAAAGGCCAAGCGCAGGAGCCCUGCUGUCUAAGCCUUGGGCAGGAUGAGGUUUACCUAGUGAUUGGUGAUGCCUGCCUGAGGCACUCAGCCGAUUCGUCGCUACCUCUGUGUCUCCGCCUACCUACUUAAUGUGACAACUCUGUUUGGGACACAGGACUCGGAAGAAGUGCUAAGAACAGGUUGAAUAUCGGGGGGACUGGGCAGCCCCGAAUCGCUCAUCUAGCAAGGACGACCCAGGGGCUCGUGCAAUACUACAUCCGCUCGGUGUGAGACUGUUCAUCUGCCCGGUCGUCAGGAGCAGGAGGGACCCAGAGUCCCCUGCGAGAGCCGAGAGCCGGUCCAGGGGCCUGAACUCCCGGUGCCGCUGCAGAGCAGAGCAUGAACUCAGUCCUGCCGCUGCUGCUGGGCCUCGGCCUGGGGUGUACAGGAGCAGGUGGUUUUAUGGCCCAUGUGGAGAGCACCUGCCUGUUGGAUGACAAUGGGACCCCGAAGGACUUCACGUACUGCAUCUCCUACAACAAGGAUCUACUGACCUGCUGGGACCCAGAGAAGGACAGAAUGGACCCCUGUGAAUUUGGGACACUGCACAUGUUGGCCGUGUCUUUGUCCAAUUAUCUCAACAAUAGUACAAGACUGCUCCAGCGCUUGCGCAAUGGACUCCAAGACUGUGGCACACACACCCAGCCCUUCUGGGAGUCUCUGACCCACAGGAAAAAACCACCGUCGGUGCAGGUUGCCCAAACCACUCCUUUUAACACCAGGGAGCCCGUGAUGCUGGCCUGCUACGUGUGGGGCUUCUACCCCGCUGACGUGGCCAUCAGCUGGUUGAAGAACGGGCAGCUUGUCACCCCUCACAGCAGUGUCUGGAAGACGGCCCAGCCCAACGGAGACUGGACGUACCAGACCAUUUCUCACCUAGCCCUGACCCCCUCUCACGGGGACGUCUACACCUGUGUCGUGGAGCACGCUGGGACCUCUGAGCCCACACGUCAGGACUGGACUCCUGGGCUGUCCCCCAUGCAGACCGUGAAGGUUUCUGUGUCUGCGGUGACCCUGGGCCUGGGCAUCAUUAUCUUCUCCAUCGGCCUGAGCAGCUGGGGGAAGGCCGGCUCCUCCAGCUACACUCCCCUCCCUGGAUCCACUUAUACUAAAGGACGACACAUUUCCUAGGGGCAGAAUCCUACAACUUCCACUCCACGUGAGAAGGAAAUUCAAACUCUUCACGACGCUGCCAUUGUCCCUCCUCCUCAACGUGUCCAGUCCGUCCAUAUUCUCUUGGAUUCUAAGGUUCCUCUGCCCAAUUCUUUGCAUCUCCCGGCUCCCCCUAAGUAAACUGUAGCAGCACAUUCCUGGGAACAAGUUCCCCCAAACUAUCAUCCAAGGUCGCAUUUCUGGGGUGAAUCAAAAUCAGGAGGGAGCUCUCCUGAGGGUGCCACUCUGCCGCAGAGGACAGAGCCGCUGGUGACCACCCCUGAGAAAUAAACUCUGGA